GGGGGGGAGUUGAACACGGGCCCACUCUCCGUGCUCACGCAGUCCGUCAAGAACAACACCCAGGUGCUCAUCAACUGCGGCAACAACAAGAAGCUCCUGGGCCGGGUGAAGGCUUUUGACGGGCAUUACAACAUGGUGCUGGAGAAUGUGGAGGAGAUGGGGAUCGAGGUCCCCAAGAGUGGCAAGGGCCGGAAAGAGUCCAAGCCAGUCCACAAGGACCGCUACAUCUCCGCGAUGUUCCCGCGCGGGGAUUGGGUCACUGUGGGCCUGCGGCACCCACUCAUCGCUGGCAAGGAGGGGCUUGCUCCCUGCUUGGCGCCAGGCCUCUCGGGCACCAGGACUGCCGGCUGUGUUUUGUAG